AUGAGCCACAAUACGGACUCCGCGCACGCGGUGCCGUCGGCCUCGCUGGAUCAGGCGUGCAACUCAUCCAGCCAGAUCUCCGCCGCACAACACGUGAGCAACUUCAAGAGUGUGCUAGACUCGAACAUUGUGAACCCAACGGAGGCGAACCGCAAAAAAUCGUGCAUCGGCUCCGAACUUGAUUCUCGCAUGCGCAUCUACGAGUACUCCGUUACGCAGAACGACGCCUUCUGGGCGGAAAUUGCGCGGCGCGACUUCUAUUGGAAGCAGACCUGGGCGGAUGACCACCACGUCAAGUCGUACAACUUCGACAAAUCCAAGGGACCCAUCUUUGUGAAGUGGUUCGAGGGCGCCGUGACCAAUGUCUGCCACAACGCGUUGGACCGCCACCUGCCAGCGCACAGGGAGCGCGUGUGCUUUUACUUUGAAGGCAACGACCCAAGCGUGAAGGAGACGAUUACGUAUGGCGACAUGUACACCAGAGUGGUAGAGCUGGCAAACGUGCUGAGGUACCAGUACGGUAUUGAAAAGGGCGACCGUGUUGGCCUGUACCUGCCCAUGAUCCCGUGCGCUGCGGUGGCCAUGCUUGCCUGCGCCCGCAUCGGCGCUGUCAUAACUGUGGUCUUCGGAGGCUUCUCCGCACAGGCGCUCAGCUCACGUCUGAAGGAUUCUAGGGCAAAGCUGCUUAUCACAGCUGACGCGUCCUCUCGCGGCACAAAGUUGAUUCCUCUCAAGGACGUGGCAGACGAAGCGCUGAAGACGUUGGAAGAGAAAGGUAUGCCAAUCCCGUGCCUCGUCGCUGAAAAUGGAAACCGUGAGGGCUGCAAGAUGAAGGAAGGCCGCGAUACCUGGUGCAGCGACGCCGUAGCGCGGCUGACGCCGGAGCAGCACCUGGAGUGCCCGGUGGAGUGGAUGGAGGCGGAGGAUGUGCUGUUCCUGCUCUACACCUCUGGCAGCACCGGGAAGCCCAAGGCCAUCGAGCACACGACGGCAGGCUACAUGGUGUACGCCGCCACCACCUUCAAGUACAGCUUCGACUACCACAUGGACGAUGUGUACUUCUGCACGGCAGACGUGGGCUGGAUCACAGGCCACAGCUACGUCGUGUAUGGCCCGAUGAUCCACUGCGCCACGUCAGUGCUGUUCGAGGGCGUGCCCAGCUACCCCGACUACUCGCGCUGGUGGCAGCUUAUCGAGAAGUACAAGGUGUCCAUCUUCUACACCGCGCCGACCGCGAUUCGCUCCCUCAUACAGGCCGGCGACGACUACCCCAAGGCGUGCGACCGCAGCACCCUGCGUGUGCUUGGCUCCGUCGGUGAGCCGAUCAACGUGGAGGCGUGGAAGUGGCUGCGCGAGGUCGGCGGCGAGGGUCACUGCGAUGUGUCGGACACGUGGUGGCAGACGGAGACGGGCGGUCACAUGAUUACACCGAUGCCAGGAUGCACCCCGAUGAAGCCCGGUAGUGCAACACUGCCGUUCUUCGGUAUCGAGCCGGUCAUCCUCGACCCCAUGAAGCUGCAUGAGAAGAACGGCCCAGCGGAGGGCCUGCUUGCCAUUCGCGCGCCAUGGCCCGGUAUGGCUCGCACCAUCUUUGGUGACCACGCCCGCUUUGAGCAAACCUACUUUUCUGUAGACGGGUACUAUCUGACAGGCGACGGUGCUCGCCGCGACGCAGACGGCUACUACUGGAUCACUGGCCGCGUCGAUGACGUGCUGAACGUGAGCGGGCACCGCAUCGGCACCAGCGAGGUAGAAGAGGCCGUCAACGCCCACCCAGCUGUGGCGGAAAGCGCCGUGGUUGGAUUCCCUCACAAGAUCAAGGGUGAGGGCAUCUACGUGUACCUCGCAUUCCGCAGCGGGGUAAAGGCAACACCGGUGCUGGUUAACGAAGUGAAGGCGACGGUGCGCAAGGUGAUCGGUCCGCUGGCCACGCCGGACGUGGUGCAGGUGGCUCACCUCGGCCUGCCAAAGACGCGAUCUGGCAAGAUUGUGCGCAGAAUCCUGCGCAAGGUGGCUGCUGGGGUGUACACAGAGCUGGGCGACACCACGACGCUUGCGAACCCUGAUGUUAUCGACGACCUCACCGCUGAGCACCAGCGACUGUGCCCUCCUCACGAGGCACUGUAG